UCUGACUCAUAUAAUACUCGCCCCGGAAAACCAUACCAUGAUAAGUUUCUAUAUCCAGUUGUGUUUUUACAAAAAUGAAGCAUGCAUUGCAAAUAAUAUUGGGAUUGCUGAUUACUUUGCUAGUUAAUGCUGAUGAUGCUAAUGAUGUCUUUAUUAUUGGCAAUAACUUUUGUUUGACAAAUGGCACAUCAGCUAUAUAUUUUACAGACAAUAAGGGAGAUCAAGAGACCAAGAUAUAUCCAGAUCCUCCAAAGUCACCAAUUAACUGUGAUUCUAAAACCAAGGAAUGUAAUCGGAAUUGGAAUAUUUUGAACUGGGAGAGAAGGGAUUCGUAUAUAACUUUUUCUCCUUCAAUUAUAACCGAUAGACGAUGGGAAAGUUUUCCUACAAUAAUAACACAACGAUCUGAAGAUAACAAAAACUAUUAUUAUAAAGAAGUGGACGAUAUAGACGAUAACAUAUCUAUCGCAUUUUCAGUAAAAGCAAAAUUUGAAAGUCAUAUUUUUUUAUGCGAUUCAGCAAUAACGUCAAAUUGUUACUGGAUAAUGCUUGGAGGAAGCAGUGGAACAGUUUCAGCUAUUCGAAAAUGCUCAACAAAUCCUGUUCCUGUAUCUUUAAAAAAUUAUGCUGAGGGUUCUUGUAAAUUAAAUCAUAAUCCUAUUAAGGACAAUCCUCUGGACGAAAAUAAUUGGAAACAUUUUGUUAUCCAGAAAUUUAGAAGUCGAUUACGAUUACUUAUAUACAGGGGUAAAAAAGAUGGCUUAACUCCUUACUUGUUUCUAGAUGAUCAGUAUUACAUAAUACCAAAAAAAUUAUUUGUCCAUUACAAAGUUAAGACUGGUCACGCCCUUUGGAAAUUUCAUAAGUACUAUAAUUUCGAAAGCAAAGGUGAAGGUGUACUGUCCAGUCCGCCCUUUCAGGUACCAAAUGGAAUUAUCUGUAUAUCGAUGUUUGUGAAAACUUCUUCUAAAGGAACGUUAUCGAUACAAGUUAAAGAUAGAAAUGCACUCAAUGCAAUGGACACAAGAGAACUAAAUACUAAUAAUACGUGGCAAGAGGUUGGGAUGAUUAUAAAAGAUGAUAAUAAGGAGAAUAAAUUAUAUCAAGUAAAUUUUGUUCAUUACGCGAGUGAAGAAGAUACUUGUGCAGUUGAUGGUAUUAGGGAAUGCAAUGAAAUAGAAUAUCGAUAUAUUAAACAUGAAGAAGGUGGCAGUUUAAGUUGUCAACGAUUAGAAGAUCCAUUAACUGUGACAAUAAAAAAGCUAACACCUACUACAAACAAAGAAACAAACUGCAGUGAAUCAACAUUUGGAGAGAACUGUAUUCCAUGUGGUAUAUUUGGUGAACCGUACUGUAAAUCAUUUAACUAUUGUGAAUUGAGGACCCUGAAAUGCUUCUGUACUGCAGGUUACCAGAAUGAUAACUGUGAAGAGUGCCCAGAUAAGUUUUAUGGACAUGGAUGUAAAAAGUUUAGUCGUUGCAAAAUAUGGGAUAAAUAUAGUAAUAUUAAUGGAUAUUGUUCCAAAGGAUAUUGUGAAUAUCCUUAUAUUGGUAACAGGUGCCAGGAUGUUGAAUUCCCGUUUUUUCUAAAUCCUCCCACGAUAUAUAAAGUUACUACAAGAGGAUUUACCAUUGUACAAGAUAAUUUAACGAGGGAAGGAUAUGCUGAAUCUUACCAUUUUCAGUAUUCGGAAGCUGGCAAGGAAGACUGGAAAAGAAUCAAUCCAGAUAUUUCUGUUGACAUUUCCCAAGCAGUAGAAGUCUAUAAUGGUGAUAUUUCUAUAGAGCCUGAUACAGAAUAUAUAGUGAGAGCCAUCCUUAAGAAGGAGAAGGGGGGGAAAUCUUUGAGGUCAAAAUCUAAUACGACUGCAAAUGUCUUAACUGGAUGCAUUGAUCUGACUGAAAACGAGAUUCGCAUUACUCCUGAAAACACCACAGCGCACAUAGAACUACUCUUUUCCAGCGAUCAUUGCCAAUAUCAAAAAUAUCAAGUGAAGGUGGACAAUGGGGAAUACAAAUAUAUAACUUCUUCUUUAGAUGUUGACAAUUUUCAUGUUAAAAACUUAAAGCCCUAUACUCCACAUACAUUUUAUGUGAAAUACACUUCAAAUAGCAAAAAUGCACUGAUUAUAAAAAAAGAUUUUAUGACUAGACAAGCAAAACCAUCAGAAAUUACAAACUAUAAAUCCAGUGCUACAUCCACAACAGUUUCCUUGUCAUGGGAAAAACCGGAUAAAGCAAAUGGUAUUAUAUCUGGUUAUGUAAUAAGAUAUAAAGUAUUAAGAAACCUGGCGUGUAAAAAAGAUAAGGAAAGUACAUUUUCUAAUGUAACAACAUCAGAAACGUCAUUGACUUUAAAUUAUUUAGAACCUUACACCAGAUACAAUGUGCACAUUCAAGCCAAAAACGAUGAAUUCCUAGGAGAAAUUUUUUCAGCAACUGUAGAAACUCUGCCUUUAAACAUUAUCACCGAACAAGAAACCUUGUCGAUUAAUAACAUCAUCCCAAAAUCUGAUGGCGCAACUGUUACCAUUAAGGAUUUAAUCUGUUCAUCAUUGUUUGGACCACUAGAUAUACAAUUCGAGGUAACUUGUCUCAGCAAUUGGUGUAGAACCGAAGCACCUACAAAUUUUAAUAGAUCGUAUGAUCCGAAUAAUUUUCGGUUCGAUGUAAGCGGCUCUUCCAUUCUACCUUUCACAGAUUAUGUUAUGGCGGUGAAAAUUCACAGAAAUAGCGCUUGGAAUUAUAGUGAAUAUCGAAAUUUUACAACUCUACCCUCAGUUGCCAAUAAAAUUUAUGGCGUAGAGAAGUAUAACAAUAGUGAAAACUCAAUUUCCUUGCGUUGGAAACCGCCCUACCCUCCCACUGGAAUUUUAGAGAAAUAUUUUAUUAUAUAUGGUUGGAGAUCUACAUCUGAAGAAGUAGCUAUUAAAGAAUGUACAUUUUGGAAAGGGUAUCAUUGUGCGACGAUCGACAAACAAAUUUCCUUCAAAACAACAUACCAGAUACAAGUUUCUGCAAUAAAUAAGGAUCAAGGAUAUGGGCCCUACUCAGAUCCCAUCAAAGUAUAUAUAGGAGAAGAGGCACCAUCAGUGGUAUAUAAUCUGGAAGCUAUGUGGACGCCAAAAAAUGAUUUAAAUAUUUCAUUUUAUCAUCCCAACGACACUAAUGGACAACUUCGAAGCUUUGAAAUAAUAAUGAAUGAUAAUUAUAAUUUUCCGAUAAGGCAAUUCGUUACAGAAUAUAUGCCUAUAUACCAAUAUCAAAUUGAUUCUCCGAAAUUUACCGAAUGUGAUACAUUACCAUUAAAAGUUCGAGCCCAUAAUAUACAUAACCCAAGCAAAUUCGUAUCUAUAUCGGUUGACACACCACCAUCCUUACCGGAAGAUAUUGAAAAAAUUGAGGGGAACAGUACCAAUACUACAAUAACAUUGGGAAUUAAAAUAAAGGAAACAAUGAAAAGGGUGGACAUGUGUAAUAUUUUUGUGUCCACUAACCAAAUGGAAGAGGAGGGUACUCAGACACUGACCGUAGAGGAGUUUAAUAAGUAUUUUUCCAGAAAUAACACGAGAAGGGUGUACACAUCGACAAAAAAUGUCAACUCGACUAUCAACUUAAUUAUUGGAGAUAAUGAUGAUGCGGAAAAUAUCGCCUUAAAUCCAGGAACGAAAUAUAGUUUGAUAGUAAUCUUAUCUAAUAAAUGUAAAAAUAAUAAUUUGACCCAAAGUCGCAUUAAGCAAAUUUUUAUACAAACUAUGGGAAAUUAUGUAAAACCAAUAAUUGUAACAACGACUGAAACUCCUACUACUGGAAAAUCUGAAAAUGUUGCAGUUAGUGGUCUCUGGGCUCUUCUUCUGUUGUUGAUACUUCCCAUUGCGCUUAUCUGGUACAUCAAGAAAAAACAUCCAAAUAUUCCGCAAAUGAUAAAGCCCCAACCUAAACUUCCUCAAGAGGAUCAAAUUGUUCUUACUGAUACUCCUCUAGUGACCAAGCCAACAAUUAAGGCCAUUAAACCGACACCAAGUGUAAUGGUGCAGGGCCCUAAGACAAAGAAUUCCAAAAAAGUGAAGAUUAUCGAUCUAGAGACAUAUGUAAAAGAAUCAAUUACAAAUGGGGAGUUUCAGAGACAACAUGAGCUCUUUCCAAAAGGAUUAUUAAAACCGCAUAGUGUAGGAUCGACAGCAGAAAAUAAGAUCAAAAAUCGUUACAAAAAUUUAGUAGCAUAUGAUCACUCAAGAGUAAAACUGAAACGAUCUUCGGGAGAUAACCAAUCUGACUACAUAAAUGCAAACUAUAUCGAUGGCUACCGACAACGAAAAGCAUAUAUAGCCACACAAGGACCGAAAGCUAAUACCUUAACAGAUUUCUGGAUGAUGAUCUGGCAGAAAAACGUAAGGGAUAUAAUAAUGUUGGCAAAUAUAUACGAGAACGGCAAGAAAAAGGUGGAAAAGUAUUGGCCAGAAAUAAAUGAAGACAAACACUAUGGAGAUUAUAAAGUUCACUACGUGUCCUCUUCUGUUCAUGCAAACUUUGAAGAAAGGAAGUUUACACUCUCACAUAACAACGAACAAAGACAGAUUACACAACUACACUUUACCACAUGGCCUGAUCAUGGAGUUCCAUUGUAUUCUCAAAGUUUAGUGCCGUUCUUACAAAAAAUUUUAAAAAUACCUUAUAGUGCCCAAUCACCAAUGAUAGUGCAUUGCAGUGCCGGAGUUGGCAGGACAGGAACAAUCAUUCUAAGUGAUAUUAUUCUCCGUAUGGCUGCAGCAGAAAAUUCUGUAGAUUUUCUGGCCUACCUAGAGAUAAUUCGGGACCAAAGAUCGAACCUUGUGGAUAAUCUUGAGCAAUACAAACUAGCACAUUUGGUGGUACUUGAAUGCCUUUUCGGCAUGCGUACUUCAAUUAUGUGUAACGAUGACAUGCGUACUAUCGUAGAAAAUACUAUUAGCAAUAACGGCAUUAGAACCCAAAUGAAAUACAUUGAAGAAACUCAAUGGCAGGAUUCUGCUAUGGAAACUAUUUUGGAUAAUGAAGAAGUCGCCCCGAUUUACGAUGAGAAAAAUAGGUUUAAAGAUAUUAUUCCAGAACAUUACAGAGUUUUUGUCACUCGAUAUCCUCAUGAUGAUGAGACUUCUUCGUACAUCAACGCCAUUUUGGUGGACGAUUUCCGAAAUCCUGGAAGAUACAUAGUGACACAACAACCGAUGCCUAAUACGAUUGGAGACUUUUGGCGAAUGGUGUUAGAGAGGUCGUGCAAUGUGAUUAUAUCCCUAAAUACUAUCGACCUCAAAGAUGAGACUGUCUGUCAAGUUUGGCCAGAAAAGAACGAGGAGCUGAAUCCAGUAGAUUUUAUUAAAAUUGUACAUAAAAAGACAAGGCGUUUAGAAUUUUAUUCUAUUAUAACUGUAGAAUUAGUAACCCAACUUACGGAGGUUGAAAAUACAACCGUUAAUAUAAUUGCUCUUGACAACUGGAGACACGAAGAUUUGUUACCAAAUAGUAUUGAAGAAUUUUUAGCUUUUAAGGAUGCUGCAGAGGCUUUAUCACGUACAUCGGAAAGUAUUCUGGUGAUGUGCUACGACGGUGCAAAAGCCUCAGGGCUAUAUCUGGCAUUGUCCUUCAUUAUAGAAAAAAUGAAGCUGGAACAAGAAUGUGAUGUUUGUUUAGCUGUUCGAACUGUGCGACACAGUAGGAAACAAUUUGUUACCACAGAGGAACAAUACGAAUUUCUCUACAGAGCUUCAUUAACAUUCAUUACGGGAUUUCAACCAUAUUCAAAUUUUGCUUGAGGUUAAUCUUAUGCUUUAAAUUAAUUAAACUAAGUAGUAAUCUAUGUAUAACUAACAAAUAAAUAGUCUAAAUUAUA